AUGAUUCCGUAUUUGGCAUGUCUUCCGCUUCUCAUCAGAUUAAUUAAUAGCGCUCCAGUGUCCUCGCCAGAACUAGCGCCCCCAUCGUCCCACGAGGCCAUCUACAACCAUUUUAAUGCGCUAUUCCCUGAUUUACCGCCAAAAGAUGAGCCCCUGCGAAGCGGCGACUACUAUUCGCUAGAGCAGAUUGAAACAUUCUUGCGCAGCGUGGCCAAGCAGCACAAAGACACGACGAAGCUGCUGCAGGUUGGCACCAGCGAAGAGGGCCGUCAGAUUCUUGGAAUUCAGUUUGGCGUAAACCCGGCGAACCCGUACGUCGUCAUCGAUUCGGGGAUCCACGCCCGAGAAUGGACGGCCAUCCACGUGGCCUAUUUCCUCGUCGAGCAGUACAGCAACGGACUGUCGGAGGGCGAUCUGCAAGUGCGGGCGCUGGUGGACGCCUUCAACAUUGUCAUCAUCCCGGUGCUGAACCCCGAUGGCACCGUCUUUGGCGCAAAAACCGUUCGCCAAAGCGCUGCACCGCUCGAAGGUCGCUGCUGCGAGGGCGUCGACUUGAAUCGCAACUGGGACCUCGCCUUUUCCGCCAGCGAGGAUCCGUGCAGCGAUGUUUAUGCCGGCCCUUCGCCUUUCAGCGCUUCCGAGACCAGGACGUACAGUCGUUGGCUGCGAACUUUGCCGGCUCUUGAGGCCUACAUCACGCUCCACUCUCACGGCCAAUUGUGGCUCUACCCCUACGCCUACGCUCAGAACACCUACACGCGAAACGUCGAGCGCACGAUCUACGUUGCGCAGAAGGCCAUCGACGCCAUUUACGCGUAUAACGGUACCCGCUAUGGUCACGCGACGCCCGCCGACGCUCUCUAUACCUCCACCGGCUCUUCGAUGGAUUGGGUGGAGCGCGAGCUGGAGCCCGAAUUUGCCUACACGAUCGAAGUCCGGCCAGUGACACAAGAAUACGGCUUCAUCCUGGAAAAGGAUCUCUUGUUGCCGGCGUCCAAAGAAAUUGCCAUCGGCAUCAACGUAGUUUUGACGGAGGCGAUGGGCUUCCGGCAGACGCCGUUCCGCUUCACCGGCUCAACCCCGAAGCCCCAGAAACAUAUACUGGAGCAACGCGACCCACCGGUCGACGAGCCGCUCGACGAGAAUUGGAUGAAGUGGCUGAACGACAAC